AUGGGCAAGAUAACAAAAACGAUGCAGCCCAAGCACAGGGAAACCCUGUCGCCCUGGCUACGAAACUAUGUCCAAACCACCGCAGCCCUCCCACUGCCGUCUUUGCCAAAUCACCUCUCCGAGUUUCCGUCGAGAUGGCCGUUUGGACGCGGCGAUUUGUAUCACUGGAUACCUCUCCUCAACCGCUUCGACAGUAUAUUGGGACAGUUCUGCAAGACCUACAAGCUGCAUGAAGGCCCUCAAACGCGUGACUUUGGUUCUGAGAUGCUCUCAAACCAUGCCGAAGAUACGCCGUUUAGCAGCGAGAAGCAGUGGGAUGUGCACGAGUUGGAGCAACUUGGACUUGCGUCGGAUGGCGACAGGCUGCUGGUGGAAGCCGUCCUGCGCUUCACCCGUAUGCUCCUCGAACACUGUGGCAACCGAAGCAUUUACGCCAGUAGCGCCCAUCUCAACGAUCUCUUGAACAGCACCUCGCUGUCAAUCGUCAUUGCCACUCUCGAGGUUGGGGCGGAGCUGGCUCAACGCUAUCAAGCAUCCGUUAAGCGCUUCGGCAGCCCUUCCAGACAGAUUAGUGCCGCCUUGCUGGCGAACCACUACAACAUCGACCUCGAUCGCGUUCAGCAGAUUGCCUUGCCCUUUGUCAAGACCCCCAUCGUGAGCCUCUCCGACUCUGCGCCUACUGCGACCCCCGCGUCUGCCAAGGGCAAGGAGAAGGCGCACAGCGGCGCCGUGCGGACUGCAACAUCUAUGCACGCAAACGACCUUGCCGCCCUUGUUUCCUCAGACGACAACGGCUGGAAGGAGUGGACGGAUGUUCGGGUCUUUUACUACCCGGAGGACGCCGUGCUAAGCAACGAUGCCGUUGCAGAGCAUGGUCGCACGUCCGCUCCUUCAACGCCGACGCCGCUGCGACGAAGCUCCACCAUGACUGCACAGCAGCACACCCCGAGAGCACGCAACCCCCCUGGCGACGACUCGUCGCCUCUGGGGCCCCGAACACCGGCUGUUGCUGAUGAACCCGUGACCAUUGGACAGAAAUCGUUUGAUAUUCCCCGGUCGGCUGUCAUUUCGACGCCCAUCUCCGAUCUCACGCGCCGUUGUCCUCAAGAUAUGCCUGCUGCCGCCAAGUACGAGGUGUUCCACAGGCUUCGUGUUGCCAAGGCAUUGUUUGGGUCGUCCGACACCCGCCGGCAAAUCCUGGCUACGCGCCUGCUCGCCAUCACCAACCUGGCGUACAUCCACACCGAAUCCAACUUUUUGGAGAAGGUUCUUCGCCAAGAUAUCGACGAGACCAGACGGUAUCAAUUGGUCUAUCAGCUGGCAGAACUCAUCCACCCGUCUGCGAGUGGCCGGCUUGAGGUGCCACUGUGGCUGCAAUCCAUCGCACUGGCUCUCAUGGAGGCAGUCUCAAACUUUCACGCUAGAUGCCAGGAUGUGCUGUCCGCUCUUAACGCCAACGUCAAUCAUGGAAUCCUGCUUUAUGUCAUCCGAAAGGCGGUCGCCGGAAUGGAGAAGGACAGCAGCGACGACGACAGCGAGCAGGUCACAGAGGCGGAUGAGUGGCGAAACAAUUUGUUCUCGUUGACUUUGCAUCUGUCCAUGGCCACUCGUGUUGGUAAUGAGAUGGUAUCGGCAGGCCUUAUGGAUAUCCUCGUCGAGAUCCUCAACAUCCGGUCCAAGAUUGCUCAGCGCCACCACGCCAUGGUGUUGGCAUUCGUUGACGGCCUGAUAUGGACAUACCAAAACGCCUUCACGGCUUUCUUCAGUACCAAUGGAUUGGAUGCCGUCGCCAAAUUGGUUGUCGAUGCGGUCGGUGACGCUCGGGCUUCCUUGAAGGCCUCCCAGGGCCUGAAGCCGGACCAGCAAUCCAGCGCCGUCGACUACUUGAUUCCUUUCUAUCAACAGCAGACGCUCAAGUGGCUGCUCAAGUUCGUCCACCACAUCAUGGCGAACUCGUACACUUAUGGGGCCAACACGGACCGACUCCUACGGAAUCUGGCCGAGAAAUCCGAUCUGUUGAGCAGCCUACGUGAAAUCAUGGAAGACAAGAAGUCUUUCGGUUCAGUUGUGUGGACUCACACUGUCACAAUCCUGAGCGACUUCAUCAACAACGAUCCCACCAGCUUUGCAGCCAUCUCGGAAUCAGGCAUGGUCAAGACGUACCUGGAAGCCAUCACUGGGAGCUCUGUAACCGACUUGCAUACUGGCGAGCACACUCAAAAGGAUGAGGGAGAGGAGGGUAGUGAAGACGAUGACGACUCUCUCGAUGAUGCCAUCAACUCCAUCGUUGAGCAAGACAGCCGACCGCAUCCGCCUUCCGAGGAGGCCCUGCGUCAAGAACAACGCGGCCCACUUGCCGAAGGAAUCCUGGCCUCGGCCGAGGCCAUGAGCGUUGUGCCCCAGGUCCUGAAUUCGCUCUCCCUGAACAACACUGGCAUGAAGAUGGUCGUUUCGUCGCGGGCUUUUGACAGCUACCUGCAAAUCUUCGAAAGCCCCGCCCACGUCAAGUGCAUGCAAUCCGAUAGAGAUCUCGCCCACACCAUAGGCAGCAGUUUUGACGAGCUUGCCCGGCAUCACCCUCAGCUGCGAACGCCGAUCUCGAACGCCGUCAUCGACAUGGUGGCACGCGUCCGUUUCCUGGGCCUCGAGAAGGCGCGCACAGCUGGAUGGGGCGCCAGGUUACUUCUUACAGGGGACGGCGGCAAGUUGCUUUCGGUGACCGAGAAUGGGAGCCUGGAAGAUGCCAGCAAACUUCCCGCAGGCAAGCAACCCGCAACUACGGACAAUUUGGACGUUGAUAUGGCCGAUGCCACAUCCCCGAAAGACGCAAGCUCGGGGGCAAAGGCUGAGAAGGAGCCCGAGGUUGCCACAGAGUCGAUUACGCCUUACAUCCACGCGCUUGCCAGUUUCCUCACGGCUUACUUGUCCAACGGGAUGCUUAAGACGUACUUCAUUCGGGAGGGAGGAAUCGAGCUUUUGCUCGACAUCUGCCAAUCGCCUAGUCUUCCUGCUGCCUUCGGCGACACGGCUGCCUCUAGGGGACUGACCCAAGUCGUUGUGCAGUUGGUGGAGCAGUCCCCCAUGCGCGCCCUCCCUUCCCUACUGCGGCGUGCUCAGGACGCGAUUGACGUACUGAAGCCUCUUGGUGCCAAGACCGAGGCCCUACCGCCGUACUUCGCAGCGUUCCUGGCCCGAGACUUGGAUGUCCCUGGAGAUGGCGCGGACCUCCCGGAGCCUGUCAAGACAGGCACCAGAAUUGUCAAGGCGCUGUUGAAUGCACAGACGCUGCUCAAGAUUGCGUCUGAUUGUUUCUUUACCUCGAGGAACAACAACGUCUCGUUCUACCCCGUGAACGUCUUUGACUACUACCUCGCGCUUGUCAAGUCCAUCGGUCCUUUGUUGCGGGGGGUUCUGGCAGAAGAAGCCGGCCAGCUGUCGGUCGUCCCGCAGCAUUGGUCGCUUAGACGACAACCGGCGGCAGGUGGCAGCGGCUCCCGAGAAGCCGACGGCGAAGGCGAUGAUGCAGCGUCUCUGCCAGAUGUCAUUAACAGCACAAGCAACUGGAGAUCAGGCGACAAGGCAGACGAUUCGACGCCGCGACGGCCCACGGAGCAAGAACAAGCCAGUCCUCGCUUCCAGAAUUACGAAACAUUGAGGGUGCUGCUGCAUCCCAUGAUCCCGACUUCGUUUCCGUUAUUCCAAGCACUGGGACGAUCGCUCCUACCGCGACGCAGCGAAUCAUCCCACCCCGAACCGUUCACAAGAUGCCGUCACCUCGAGAUCGCCAAGGCUCUUGCCGACUGUGUUUUGGCUCAUCUGUCGCCUUCAGUCAUGAUGCCAGAGCCAUCUUCCAAAGACUUCCACUACUGGAUCAUCAUGCUGCACACGGUACACGAGAUGCUCAUCGACCAGCCCCCAGCCAGGCAGAGUGAUCGACCCAGCAUGCACAUAAUCAUGCCGGUGCUGCUCGCGUUCAAGGAGCUAGGUGGCUUGGACGUUCUGAACACUAUGCUUCGAGUCUUUUCUCGCGCCAUCCGGCAGGUACCUGGCAACAACAACGACGAGUCAUCGAAAGGCAAGGUUGCCGCGUUUGGAUUGAAGAAAGUGCUCGAUCUCUACCACGUCCUGCUCAACGGCAAGUUCCUGACCGACACUGGGAACUUCUUCAAUAUCCAGCCGAGGAAUGGUGACAGGUCGCAUCCGGUCGUGGCUCUGCAGCAAGUUGUUGUCGAAUUCCGCGCCAUCGCGAUGCCAGCGAUAGUCGAGCUCUGGGACUCAAAUCUGGUCGAGAGCGUCCCGGAUGCUACGGUCAAGCGACUGCUCGACAUUCUCAAACUGGUUUCCCUCGGCGAGCACGAGCUUCAGCAGAUUUCCAAGACCUCGCCGCCUUUUGACUUGUUUCGAUACACGGACGCUCGUUUCGACUGGCGGCCGCUCCGGACUGUCGUGGCCAGCACACUGGGUCAGGGCUAUGAGGAGGGCCUCGUGCAUGAGGCUGCAUACAGAACCAAUGGCAGUACCACAAGCACCGCCGAAUACUGCCGUGCCCAUAGAGACGGGCUCGCUGGCCCGCGUAACCCCAUCCCACCCGAAGACGCCGACGUUUCGGCCCUCGCUGUUCCCGAGCCCGCAAACAACGACCAGGAUGAAUCCGCCAACGAAGCAGUCUCAAGCGAGCACCCCAGCCUGUCAGACGUGGAUCGAAUGUCCUUGGACGCGUUACCCGACGUGGCUACUGAGGGGUUCCACGAUCUGAUCGAACGCGGUGAUGCCACUCAAGGAGCUGACGAGGGCCAGCGUGGGCAAUCGUCUACACCUAUGGCAGCCGGAGCCGACUCGGGUGAACAGGAAACCGUUCGCAAGCUCGUUGCCGCCAAAGAGAACCUCGACACGCUGAGGAACAAGUUGAGAGAUAACUUGAUCGACCAGUGCCUGGACGUUAUUCGCGCCCACCCGGAGACUGCUAUCGAGGUGUCGGACCUCAUUACGGCUGUGGUGCUGCGUCGACAGAAUCAGGACGCUCAGGAAGAUGUCGGGGCCACGCUGUCUUCUGCUCUGUCAUCACUCGCCGUUGAGGAGGAGGAUAACAAGAAGCGAAAUGGCAAAUGCAUCGCUGCGUAUGCUCAUUUGAUGGCUUUGCUGCUUCAAGACGACAAAUUUUUCGAGCGUAACCUCGAGACCUUGGGAGGAAACGUUGACGAGUAUGUCGGCUUUUUGAAAGUCCCUUUCUCUUCUUCGACCGACGAGCUACCUCCCUGGAUCCCAUAUGUUCUACUCAUUGUGGAGACCUUACUGUGCCGUGACGAACGACCCGUGGCUGCACAGUGGAAACCUCCCGCUUCGUUGGACGAACCGGUGGCGGCGCCAGUCGUGCAGAAGGGUACCAUGCUUGUCAGCGACGAACAGCGCGCGGAUGUUCUCAAUUCUCUGCUCGAGCUUCUGCCUCGAAUUGGCAAGGAAGAGAUGUUGGCAACCGCCGUUCUGCGGGUUUUGGUUAUUCUAACUCGAAAGCGAGCCGCCGCCAAGCUUGUUGGUGAAAAGAGGAAUUUGCAGCGCCUGUUCCUCAUGGCCAAGCAACUCUCAGGGUCUGGCUCUGAACGUCUCCGGCAGACGAGACUGACGGCCUAUAUCGUUACCGUUCUCCGCCAUAUCAUCGAGGAUGAGGAGAUCAUCAAGCAAAUCAUGCGCGCCGAGAUCCAGUCCGACUUCCAGAACCUGCAGAGGACCCACCGUGGAACCCUUGAAGUUUCCGUCUAUCUUCGCGCAAUGGCCCCUGUUGCACUUCGAGCUCCCGACCUGUUUGUCGAUGUCACAAACGAGCUGCUUCAGUUCUCCAGGUGGCAGGUGACGCCAGCGGAUGACACACGAUCUCCUGGCCUGACCAUGAAAACGCCAGAGGUAGUUGAAGAAGCAGCUGUCGAUACGAAACCAGCUCCCGAGGAGGCAGCAAACCAGGGCAUCAAGCAGUCCACGGAGACUGGAGACAAGGAGAUGACAGAUGCACCGAAGGCCCACCAUGACAGCAAGCGCCCGGUCGUCGAGAACCCCGACGGGGUCAUUCACUUCCUCCUAUGUGAACUGGUAAACUAUCGCGAGGUCGACGACAAGGAGCCAGUACCAGCUGUAAAGGACGGCAAGCCUGACUCCGAGGCUAGCCCCUCGGCUGCAGGCCCUUCGUCUAAGGACAAGGCUGCGACGGACGAGUCAGACAAGAAGCAGUCCAAACCCGUGUUCAAGGCAGAGGAGCACCCAAUUUUCGUCUAUCGCUGCUUCCUGCUGAGUUGCUUGGCCGAGCUUCUCCAGAGCUACACGAGGACCAAGGUUGAGUUCAUCAACUUCAAGCGCAGUGCGCCGCCGUUGUUGAACAAUACUCCCAUCAAGCCGAGGUCUAGUAUUCUCAACUACCUCAUCUAUGACCUGCUCUGUCAGGGCAACUUGAAUGGAGCCACAGACACCAUUGCGUCCAAGAAGAAAGCUGCCACGUCCUCGUUGACGCAGAAGGUUCUAGUAGCACUGGUUGCCAAGACUGGCGAACGGCCUGCGGAGCGUGGCCGUGAUAAAUUUGCGUACGACGAGGAGAGCGACCUCCUCUUUGUCCGCAAGUUCGUGUUAGACACCAUCCUCAAAGCCUACGAAAAGGCCCCUCUCACCGACGAGCCGUUAGAGACGCGCUAUUCUCGAAUGCAGGGCCUGGCUGAGUUGAUGAACCACAUGAUAGGCGAAAAGGACAAGGAGCAGACUUCCGGCGUUCGGAGUACCGACCACGCGCAGUCUCGAUCCCAGGCUCAGCUACGGCGCCUCAUGUAUGAAAAGGGCUUCGUGGACAAGCUGACAUCGUCAAUUGCGGAAAUCAGCCUCAAUUAUCCUGGCGUCAAACGCGCAAUCAAGUAUAUCUUGCGUGUUCUCCGAGUACUCACGGCCACGGCCAAGGAGCUUAGCCUUUCGCCUCUAUCAACUUCUUUGCCGUCUGAUCCAACAGCGGUGGACCAUAGCGAUGAGGAAUUUGCUUCCACAUCAUCCCUCUCCGACCUAGAUGACGGUCGAGAGGAGACUCCAGACCUAUACCGCAAUUCCGCCUUGGGAAUGCUCGAGCCUCGAGGCGAGGAUGACGAGUCAGAGGACGAUGAGGAAGAUGACGACGAAGACAUGUAUGGUGACGAGUACGACGACGAUGAGAUGGACUACGGCGACGAUGACAUCUCCGAUGGAGAAGACAACAUCAGCGACGAGGACGAGGAGCUGAGUGGCAUGGGCGAGAUCGAAGGUCUUCACGGCGAGCCCGGAGUCGUCGAAGUCAUCAUGGACGAUGACGAGGACGACGAUGACACCAGCGAGGACGACGAAGACGACGACAUGGACUCGGCGGACAUGGAAGAUGUGGAAGACCGCGUCGAGAUCGUGGACGAAGAAGGCAACCCUGUGGACGAUGAUGGGGAUUCCGGAUGGGAAAGCGAGAGCGAUGCCGAAGGCGCGGAUGACCCAGAAGCCGAUGACAUUGACUACGACGCCGAGGUUCAGGAUGAGGAAGAAGCCCACAUCCACGGUCUCGGACCCCAUGAUCUGCUAGACGAUAUGGCACGGGCGAUCAUGCGCGGUGACAACGACGGAUACGAGCCAGACCUCGGCCUCGACGACCACUAUCUGGACGAGGGCCACGACGACGAAGAUGAUGAUGACGACGAUGACGAGGACAUCGAGGAUGAGGAAUACAUAUACGACGAUGACUACCCUGAGGAUCAGAUGCCCCCUAUGCCAGCUGGCCUUGGGUGGGACUCUCUGAACGCAGAGAUGGAUGACGGACACCGUCCGCUCUUCGUCCUCGACGGCAGUCACAGGCGUCCCAUGCUCGCUCGGAUGGACAAUCGCAGCCCGUUCCCGCCUCGUUACCCCACUGGCUCUCAUCGGGAUCACUUGGACUUCCGAAGCUACUUCUCGCGCAGCCACCGACCUGCCGGUGCACAGCCGAACGCAGAGGAUGGGGUGAACCCUCUCCUGCGACGCACCGAUCACACCGCUGAAGGCGCAUCACGGGCGGGCCACUCUCAUUCGCCUUCACUUCGAUUCGGGCCUGGCAGACACGUUAUCGAUGGGCCUAUGGGUCUCUUGGGUGAGCUUAUGGAGUUCCUCCCUAUCAUGGGGCGAAAUGGCAAUCAAGCGUUUCAUUUCCAAAUCACCGGAGGACCUGGCGGUGUGCGAGAGGCGCGAGAGCUUGCCAUCUCGUUCGCGCCCGAGUCAACACUGGAUCGCUACCAGGAAGAGGCUAGGAUGAUUUUCGGCGCAGCGCAUACCACGGAGUCCAGCAAGCUCGCCAAUGCCAUCGUGGCCAACUUGACGCCAGCAGCCAUCGAGCGGGAGAAGAAGCUCAAGGCCGAGGAAGCCGAGCUCGAGAAACGCUUGGAAGAAGAGCGGAGGAAGCGUGACGAGGAGCGCAAGGCCCGAGAGGCCAAGGAGGCGGAAGAAAGGGCUGCUCGGGAACAGAAAGAAGCCGAGGAGAGAGAGGCGGCUGCGCGAGCCGCUGCAGAGGCCGCUGCGGCCAACGACACCAGCGAACAUGCAGCGUCCGCUGCUGACAGUGCAGUCGGUGCCAUGGAAGGUGUCGAAAGCACGGAGCCCGCUACAGCAGCCGGGGGAGAUCUUCAGGCCGGCACGUCUGCCGCCAACCAGCCACGCGUGAUGACCACGCUGAGGGGUGAGGAGGUAGACGUCACUGAGCUGGGUAUUGACCCUGACUACCUGGCGGCCUUGCCCGAGGAAUUCAGGGAAGAGGUUAUUGCUCAGACCGUCAGUGAGAGACGUUCUCAAGCUCGCGAGGAGGCCGCUACAGGGGAGUCUACGGAGGUGUUCCAGGAAUUCCUCGACGCCCUUCCGGAGGAGCUGCGUUUGGAGAUUGCUCAGCAGGAACGACAAGACGAACGCCGGCGACUGCGGGAGGGGAGCCGUCGGCAGCAGACGCAAAGUGGCCAGAGCGCCGUCGCGGCGGAAAUGUCUCCGGCCAGCAUUCUUCUCAGCUUUCCGCCAGAGCUGCGAGAACAGGCCCUCAUCGACCAGGGAGAGGAUCUCAUAGACCAGCUGCCCCCAGACAUGGCCGCUCAAGCUCGUGCUCUUGUUCAGCAGCGCACACCUGCUCCCCAGCAGGGUGGCAUCCGCUCAAUAGGCGCACCCGGAAGAACACCUCCCAGCGGAGCCAGGGCCGCGGGCCGUAACGGCGCAGAGGUACAAAUCGAGCACAAGGUCCAGCGUCGAACCGUCGUGCAGAUGCUGGACAAGUCCGGAAUCGCAACCUUGCUGCGACUGAUGUUCAUUGCGCAGCAGGGCUCGAUUCGCAAUUACCUGUUCAGCGUGUUUGCGGACGUCUGCGAGAAUCGGCAGAACCGCCUCGAGGUUGUUAGCAGCAUCCUGCAGAUUCUCCAGGAGGGAAGUAUCGACAUGAGCGCGGUCGAGCGCAGCUUUGGCCAGCUCUCGCUCAAGGCUCGCAGACACAAGGAGAAGGACGAGCAGAAGACUCCUCAGACCCUUAAGCGGACUCUGACCAGCAUCGGAGCAACUCCCACGACGCAGCCAAACUCGGAGACCUCGCCUCUGUUGAUCGUCCAGCAGUGCUUGGACCUCCUCGUCGACCUCUGUACCAGAAGCCAUCACAUCCCGUGGCUGUUCUUGACGGAGCACGAAAUCGUCGGGUCGACGUUGAAGAGGGCCCUGAGCCGCAAAGGCAAGGCGAAGGACUCCAAGGCUCAUAAGUACGCCAUCAACUCCUUGCUGACCCUUUUGGACCGUGAGCUCGUUACCGAAAGCUCGCUUGUCAUGACACACCUUGCCGACUUGUUGAACCGCGUCACCAUGCCUCUGCAAAAUCUUGAGCGCCGCCGUAAGGAGACUCAAGCGGAGGAGAAGCCAGACGAGGCUGGUGGAGAGAGGGCAGAGACCAACGCUGGCCAAGAAACAGCAGCCGGCGAACCCGGUAACGAUGCCACGACGGCACCUGCUCAACCCGAUGGCGAAGACCAACAAGCGGCCACCGCCGGGGACGAUAGCAAAGCAAAGGAGUCCUCGAAGCGACCAAAGCAGUUGCAGGCGCCCGUCAUUCCGCCGCAGAACUUAAUCCUGGUAGUCCGCAUCUUUGUCGCAAGAGAAUGCAACUCCAAGACCUUCCAGAACACAAUUUCGACCAUCAAGAAUCUUUCAGCGAUUCCAGGAGCCAAGGAAGCGUUUGGAGAGGAGCUUGUCCGCCAGGCAAGGCUCCUGAGCGAGAAUAUCGUCUCGGACCUCGACGAUCUGCUCCCGCACAUUGAUCAGGCAGCCAACGGGACAGAGAUCCAGGGCCUUGCGCUGGCCAAGUUCUCUCCGGGAGCGUCCGAGCAGAACAAGCUCCUUCGUGUGCUCACUGCCUUGGACCACCUGUUUGACGGCAAGAAGAAGACAGGCGACGACAAGGACACCGCGGCUGGAGAAGACAAGAAGUACCUGGUCGAUUCGUUGUACCACAACUCGACCUUCCCAGCAAUGUGGGAGAAGCUGAGCGCGUGCCUGAGCGCCAUUCGACAGCGAGAGAGCAUGCUCAACGUCGCCACUAUUUUGCUCCCCCUGAUCGAGUCGCUCAUGGUGGUCUGUAAGAACACGACUGCGGAGGAGCAACCCAAGGAACCAUGGACGAAGGACACGGCCGCGCCGAAGCCGGAUGCCGAGCACUAUACCGCCGAGCUCUUCUUCCAUUUCACGGGAGAGCACCGCCGCAUCCUCAACGAGCUUGUUCGCAACAACCCGAAACUCAUGUCCGGCACCUUUGCGUUGCUGGUGAAGAACCCCAAGGUUCUCGAGUUUGACAACAAGCGCAACUACUUUAAUCGCAGUGUCCAUUCGCGAUCGGGCCAGGGCAACGGACGCCCGUCAUACCCAGCGCUGCAGCUGUCCGUUCGUCGUGAACAAGUCUUCCGCGACUCGUUCAAGGCUCUCUACUUCAAGUCUGGCGACGAGAUGAAGUUUGGCAAGCUCAACAUCCGCUUCCAUGGCGAAGAAGGUGUCGACGCUGGAGGCGUGACGCGCGAGUGGUUCCAGGUCCUCGCACGGCAAAUGUUUGAUCCAAACUACGCCCUUUUCAUUCCCGUCUCGUCGGACCGCACGACGUUCCACCCAAACAAGCUCAGCGGUGUCAACGAGGCCCAUCUGAUGUUCUUCAAGUUCAUCGGCCGGAUCAUCGGCAAAGCCCUGUACGAGGGCCGCCUGCUCGACUGCUUCUUCAGCCGAGCCGUGUACAAGCGCAUUCUGGGCAAAUCGGUGUCGGUCAAGGAUAUGGAGUCGUUUGACCCAGACUACUACAAGUCUCUUUGCUGGAUGCUCGACAAUGACAUCACCGACAUCAUCACGGAGACAUUUUCGGUCGAGGAUGAUGAGUUUGGCGUUACCAACGUGGUCGAUCUCGUUCCAAACGGUCGAGAAAUAUCCGUGACGGAGGAAAACAAGCAGGAGUACGUCCGCCUCGUGGUGGAGCACAAGCUUCUGUCCUCGGUGAAGGAGCAAAUGGAGAACUUCCUGAAGGGCUUCCAUGAAAUCAUCCCCGCCAACCUGAUCUCGAUCUUCAGCGAGCAGGAGCUGGAGCUGCUGAUCUCGGGUCUACCAGACAUCGACAUUGAUGACUGGAAGAGUAACACCGAGUACCAAAACUACACGCCGUCCUCUCAGCAGAUCCAGUGGUUCUGGCGCGCCGUCCGGUCCCUUGACAAGGAGGAGCGAGCGAAGCUUCUGCAGUUCGUCACUGGCACGAGCAAGGUCCCUCUUAACGGCUUCAAGGAGCUGGAGGGCAUGAAUGGCGUGAACCGUUUCAACAUUCAUCGCGAUUAUGGCAGCAAAGACCGCCUACCCUCGUCGCACACAUGUUUCAAUCAGCUCGACCUCCCCGAGUACGAGACUUAUGACAUGUUGCGCUCGCAGCUCGUCAAGGCCAUCACGCAAGGAAGCGAGUACUUUGGGUUCGCCUAA